CCCUCUAACUCGCGCGCACACACAGGCCCCAGUUGUAUAAACAGCGGUCUGGUGGCGUCACACACACACACACACACACACACACACACACACAACCUGUUGCUCACAUGCUUCAGCAUCUCCACAUCGCGCCAGCUGAGCCGACAGAGUCACAGAUUGUCCCCCCGGGAGGAGGGAGGUGAAGCGGCCGCGGUGAGAUGGGAGCCGCGCGUGUGUGGUUACCGGUGGUGCUGCUGUGGGUGAGCAGCCCGGCGGCAGCGGGACACACACUCAACGACUCCUCUCCUCUGGGAGACGGGACUUUUUCCUACACGGGGCAUUUACUGAACGUGUCGGGGCGGCUGGAUAACCGGACCUCCAGGUUCUUCCUCCUGGACUUUGACGAGGGGAUGCUGGAGGACUGGCGCUCUCUGGCCAAUAAGAAGCGCCGCGGCGGGGAGUCCGAGGACGGGAGCGUGAAGGCGCUGCUGGUGGCCGCGUACUCCCUGAUCAUCGUGGUGUCUCUGUUCGGAAACACUCUGGUGUGCCAUGUGGUGGUGAAGAACAAGCGCACCCAGUCCGCCACCAGCCUGUUCAUCAUGAACCUGGCUGUGGCUGACAUCUUCAUCACUGUGCUCAACACGCCCUUCACCCUGGUCCGCUUUGUGAACAGCACCUGGGUGUUCGGGAGGACGAUGUGUCACAUCAGUCGCUUCGUUCAAUACUGCUCCCUGCACGUCUCCACUCUCACCCUCACCGCCAUCGCGCUGGACCGCCGACAGGUGAUUUUACAUCCUUUGAGACCUCGCAUGUCGCCGGCACAAGGUGGUGUUUGGGUCACGGCUAUCUGGAUAAUGGCGAGUUGCUUCUCCCUCCCACAUGCAAUCUACCAGAAGCUCCUGACACUGACAUACAGUAAGGAAAAGGAGCGCAGCCUGUGUGUCCCAGACUUCCCGGAGCCCUCAGAUGUCUACUGGCAGUAUUUUGACCUCCUGACUUUCAUAUUACUUUACAUGCUGCCACUCCUCAUCAUCACUGCCUCCUACACCACAGUGGCCUGCCGGCUGUGGCGUCACAAUGCCAUCGGCGACACCACAACAGCUCAGCAUGCAGCCCAGAGAAGGAAGCGGCGGCGUACAUUGGCCAUGUUGCUCCUGGUGGUUGGGGUCUUCACUGUCUGCUGGUUCCCGCUCAACUGCUACGUGGUGCUGCUGUCCAGCCAGGCCAUCCACUCCUCCAACGCCCUUUACUUCUGCUUUCACUGGCUGGCUAUGAGCUCCACCUGCUACAACCCUUUUAUCUACUGCUGUCUAAACCCCACCUUCCGCCAGGAGCUGAGGCUCCUCUUUGAUAUGUGCCAGAGGAAACGGAGGCCAGCGGUGGGGUUGGAGCCGGAGCUCCGUCCCGUGGCAGCCUGCGCUCCUCGUCACAGAGUCGCCUGGCCCGACAACCGCGAGUCCUCGAGGCCGAGGCACCCUUUGUCUAACCCGGGUCGCGGCUCAUCACAGCAGAGUAAUUCCUCUUCCGGUCAGUCCCGCAGCCUAAAAGACACACAUGUGCUCUUCACAGCCAGGCAGGUACUCACAGGAAGAACUGACAUCCUCUCAGUGGAGCCCAUUGUUGCUGUGAGCUGACUCAGAUGCCGCAAGGUGAUGGGAUUUUUUUGGACUUGAGAUUCUUAAUCCCAUAUCAGGAUUUUCCUCAUGUUCUGAAGAUAACCAGAGAUCUGAAAAGCUCAUAUAUGACUGGGCUCUACGCAGGUAUUUAAAUGCAGCAGAGCGAGAGAUGGGUUUUAUGAUGACUUGAAACUGAAGAAAUGGUCACAGAGUUAUUUCCCUGGACACUUGUUGUCACGCUCAUUUUUUGGGUGCAUUGUUUUUUGUCAAGAAUUGAGGCUUAAGUCCUUUAAAAAAUGACAAAACAAUCUCAUCCCAAGGUCCGUUUGGCAGCUGUUCUGGAGCUUUCGAUCGUAUCACACGAUCUUCCUCAGCAGGUGCAGUUUGUAAUAUUAUAUAUAUAUUUUUGAAAUAUUCAUUUGUCAUCUGGGAACUUAACCUUCUUUUACCUCCAUGUUGGCCUGAGAGGUGGGAUGAAAAGUAAAUUCCUGAUCUUGGAAACAGCAGUUGGCGAAAUAAUCUCAACACAAAGUCAAUUUAGUGGAUGAUCUGGCUUUGAAAAUAUGACACAUAAAGAACAGUGUGCUUAUGUAAUGGAUGGAUUAGAAAAUUGAUGCAAGCUUUGCUCAUUCAUCAUGUUACAUAAGACAAACUUUAUCAAUAUUUAAAAGACUCCUCACAUGAUGUAAAUCUCCUGAGUAACUGUGAAGUCCAUGUUUUCUUUCAGUAGCCUUCAGACACCUUCAUGAAUGGCAACAUGAGGAAAGUUUCUCAGUCCUGACAGGAUCUCACCAUAAAGAGUUUGACUUUGGUUUACCAUUCUGCACACGAGCACAGAGUCUCAGUGGGUAAAUGAAAAUGCUGGGAAUGAAAUCUUGUUCAAAUCAGUCUACAUGUUGCUUUAAACCCAUCCUGCUGCACAGGCGUUGGUUCUCUUUAUCCUCAGUUCACACACAGCCACAGGAUUCAUAUAAUACAUUUCACGAUAUUACUCGCUGCCAUAGACUGUAUACAAGAGCAGAUAUUUCAGUUCACUGUUGGAGGGACAAUAGACAGAAACGUUUCUCAAGAACUCCUGAAACACAGAUGACUGCAAUUAUUAUUAUAAUACUACAACAAUUUGUGGCCGCGCUGAUGCACAAAAUUCAACCGUGAUGGACCUGACAAAAUACAGCCGGAUUGUAACUGUGAGUAAGUUUUACGAAGAAGUCAAUAAAAAUGUUGUACAGUUUGUUUUAAGUGAUGUGGUCAUCGACGGUGGUCAGCCACCACCAACACACUCCCAGAGACUGGGAUUGUUUAUUUAGAAUGUAGAAGUCAUAUAUGUUUACAAUAAUUUGAGGCUAUUGAGGGGGAAUAUUCAGUUAUUUUCCUGGGAUUGUACAGUGUAUGAUUGUAUAGUCUUUUAGUUGCUUAAAGCAGCAUUAUGUAACUUUAUCUUAACCUUAAGCUUCAAAGUCAUUGAUGGUACAGUGUCUUGUGAUAAGGUGAUCGUGUCAAGUAGUCAACAUUUUACACUGAUAUGACUUAAAAGAGUUGUGUUUGUAGUCAGCAACGACAGUACGUCUGACGAAUUUUUACAGAUGUGAUAUUUGUUUUAAAUACAAUUUCUACAUUAUGUUGUUUUAAAUGCUACUUUACAUUGUGUGGUUUUGGGAUGCAUACGAUAAAUGUUGAACAUUGUGGACGCUGGCGCAUGUACACAAACUACAGUUCCAUUCCAGCAAUUAUCCAGAGAUGGACAUAAAAAGGCCCUUGACCAUGACCAUCCUAUAAAAAACACAUUUUUAACAUUGUUAUCAUGUUGCCGAAAUGGUGUUUAUUAUAUUACACAAGACAAAAUGAGCAAAACAACCAGUCAAUACCAUUACUGGGUAUUUCAGCUUGAGAACUUCAGUGUACAAAAAAAAAAUAAACAUACACACAAAAGGCAAACAGAUUCAGACAGCCAGGGCUUCAUAUGUCAGGUGUAAGAGGGUUAUAGUGAAGAACAGAGAUGAGCAUUCAGGGAUUAAAUUAUUGCCAGGACUUUAAAACAAGUUGCACCUCUAAUUGCUGUGUAGACUACAAAAUAACAGUCAAGGACACAAAGGACAAACAGCCAAGACAAAAAAGGUUUUGUCACUCACUUUAUAUUUCAUGUCCAUCUCGUCAUCUCACCUGCAGCCACCUCUAAAAACGUUAGUGUUUGCAUGAGGUACACAGAUUCUCACCGCAUGUUCCUCCAUUGUUUGUCCGGCCCCGGCAGUCAUCGCACACUGCAACAAUUACAGACCUUAUUCGUCUUUGCACCUUCAUAUAGAGUGCAUACGGAACGUUCACUGACUCUCUGCCAAUGAAAGGAAGCAAGCUACAUGAAUGAAAAUAUGCACAAGGUAGGCAACAAUACCUGCUGGAUCAUCUUAUGAAGAUCCUUUUACUGCUCCACACUAAUGCGGAAAAAAUGAAGUGGGAGAAUUUGAAGAAUAAAAAAAGAAAGUUCAUGGUCUGUUUCUAUGGCACCAUGAAGCCUGCACUGUUUGGACAACCACACAUGCCCUGUAGAUGGUUUGCAGAACAUGUGGGGUGGAAUCAGAACGGUGUUAUACACAUUGUUUGAAAGCCAUUUUAAACUUUUGUAUUAACACCAUGUCAAACAUCAGAUAGAGACUAUGUUACAUAACAGACUUUCGGCUCACGACAGUCACAGACAAAUGUAAGAGUUUUAUAUUUUCUUUGCUUUGAAGGGCACUGUAUGACAAUACUGGGAUCCAGCAGUGUUAAAUACAAUGUAAUAGGAGACCUCACUGAGAGUGAGAGUGGCAGUGAGUGAACGUGAAAAUAUAGGCCCACUGUCGCGGGUGUUCAGUAUUUCUUUUGAAAGAAAUCCUCUGUAUGUCUAUUAUGUAAAAUUAAGACAGUGAAAAUCCAGGAAUGUUUCUCAAUUUCUCAGUUGCAUUAUUUAAUUGCCAAGAUAGACUCUUGAUACACUCUCAUCUUAUAGAUGCAGUUUCAUCUUCCAGAGGUAAUCAGUCAGGAAUUUGUGUAAAUAAUAAUAAUACAUUUUAUUUAUAGGCGCCUUUCAAAGUGCUCAAGGACACCAGAUAGGAGCAAGGAAAAAAAAAACAAGCAAACAGCCACAUAUCACACACUCAGACAGGACAAUGGAAAACUAUAAUAACUAACACAAUAAGUCAAGAUAAGCAGCUGAAGGCUCUUAGACCCCAUUGUAGUCAAGUGGGCAGAUGGUGAAGUGAUGUAACCCUGUAUGUGUGUUUUUCUGUGCCUGUCUGUCUUUAAACAUUUGUUGGUUGUAAUAUUUGUGCAUGUCAAAAUAUAUAUUGUCAAAGUAUGUUCAACUAAAACAACUGAUCUUGGCAAUCUUACCAUCAAAACAAAUGAAGAACGGACAUGCAAUGUGAUUCCAUCAUGGGAUUGCAUGAGACAUUCUGCUCCUGAUGGUAAAAGGAGGGCUAGAAAACAUUUCUCCAGUCUUCACACACCUUUGAAAAUUACCGCACCUCCAUCAGAAUGCUGUUUGUUGAUUCCAGCCCAGCAUUCAGUACGAUCUCCCCCAUGAAACUGAACUGAAAAAAAGCAACACCCUGGGCUGGAGGAGCACACUCUGCAAAUGGAAAGUAAGCAGACAUAUCAGAUUAGCAGUCGUACCUCCUCCAUACUGCUGAACACUGCAGUCCCCCAGGCCCCCCUCCUGUUCUUACAGCAAACCCAAGACUGGUCAGAAAAAGCCUCACAGCCUUUGCAAAAUUAAAGUGGUGAGAGUUCAUACCGGGAGGAAAUAGUUUAAAUAUUUAUUAUGUUGAACACUCUGGGUCAAGUAAAUAUAACUCAGCUGAAUGUUUAAUUGUCAGUGUAUCUUGUUUUGUCCACACACAGCAUAAUGGCUUCGAGAGGGCUGCUGCUGAAAGAUGUACCCAAACACUCACAGGCUACAGGUGACCUAUUAGACUGACAGGUAGCAGCAGCAGGUGGUGUUAUUUUCUGUCUGGUGGGAGAGAGAGAUCUCUGAUUUGAUGGAUCGAAGCAGCCCAGUUUUGGCGCGCCAGAGGGACCUUUCUCAACCCAGAAAUCCAGAACAACACGGAUGAGUGGGUUUUUGAUAUUGGCCACAUUGUUUUUAAAGUUAUGAGGUUGAAGAAAGCAGUAACAAAGCUACUGUAACUCUUUUUUUCUUUGUUAUUAUUACCAAUGGAUCACAUACUUUACUUCUCUCUCACUGCGCUUACCAGACAGAGCAGGCAGCUAUUAUCACAGAGAAGCCUCUGACAAAUCCACUGUAUAUUAUCUGCUCAGCACCAAACCGCAGAUGUGAUGCUGCCGACUAGCUGGAGAAUUUAGCAGCUGAAAAACACAAACACAGAGCCAAACAUGGUGAGAGGCAACAUCAGUGGUGUUUCAGCACACGUAGAAACUGACACAUUAGACAGUGUUUUUUACUGUCUUUGCAUUUCACACUGUUAUGUUAUGUAAUGCUGUUUGUGUUAUGUUUUUAUCUCUUCCUGUGCUUUGCUUAAAUUCCUGUGUUUUAGGUAAUCUCUUCGUAAAGUACUUUGCUCAAUGUUUGCCGUUUUCAAAUGUGCUCUAGAAAAUCUUGUUAAUUUCCACAUCAAAAAUGAACAUUUUCACAUUUCAUUCAUUUGUGGGGAAAAAAAAGCCAUGCGCUUGUAAAUCUGUUCACAUGUGACAUUAUUUUCUUUUUGAUGUGUUAAAAGUUCAAAUGUGAUAAUUUGGAAGUAAUUUGUAAAGCGGCAAAUUUCACCUGACAUCAUGUGUCAUGUUAAUUCACAUGUGAAAAAAAGGUCAAUAAAGGCUGCUGUUUGUUUCCUGCUGCUGACCAACAGUCAGCAUUGUUUCUUAAGCCUGACUACAGUUAUUCUGUAACCUGAACAAUGUGUUUAUAUGUUAUAUUGUAUAAUUUUAAACAUAAAAUAAAACUUACCUUUAACUU